UCUUUCCAAUCCCAGAGCCAAUGAGUGAGUGCAAGGCAAGGACAACUGCAGGUCGUCAUCGCCGUGAGUCAGACAUAUCACAGCAUGCAAUUAUCUUGGAGGAAGUAAAAAGUUGUAGAAAUAGUCUUUCAAUGAAGGAACAAAUGUUACAGACGUAGGCGUGGAUUAUGAGUAUAAACCCAGCAGACCAAUAUCUAUGCGAAUGGCCAAGACAUUGGUGGGAUUGGAAAUGGUAAGAGAAGCAUAAUGGCGAAGGACGUCUUUCAGAAGUUGCUAUUCACAGGUCUCUGCUAUAAGUACUUCUUUUGGACCGGGAUGUGUUCAGGUUUGGUGGAAAAUUAUGUGGCUGCGAUGGUCCUUAGUGCAGCCGGUGAUGCCCUUGGAUAUAAUAACGACAAGUGGGAAUUCUGCAGAGAUGGACAGAAGAUCCACAAUGAGCUGGCCAAGCUGGGUGGCAUUGAGAACCUUGAUGUGGAAAGUAGAAGAGUGAGUGAUGAUACAGUGAUGCACAUUGCCACUGCGGAAGCACUGGUGGAAGCUGGUAGUCACAUAGAACCUACUAAGCUAUAUCCUCUGUUGGCAAAGAAAUACAAAGAAUGCAUGAAAGACAUGGAUGGUAGAGCACCAGGUCAGUGUUGCAUGACCAGUGCGUUGAGUCUCAAGCCUGGGUCGCCAAAUGGUUGGAAACUUCCAUUUCAAUCAAAUGCCGGAGGCUGUGGGGCAGCAAUGCGAGCCAUGUGCAUAGGGCUUAGGUUCCCAGGCCCAAAGCAGCUGCCGGACCUAAUCAGAGUCAGCAUAGACAGCGGCAAAAUGACCCACCACCAUCCAACUGGGUAUCUGGGAUCACUUGCUGCUGCCCUGUUUACGUCGUAUGCUAUAAAUCGAAAACCUCCACAUGAGUGGGGCAGAGGCCUGCUGGAUCUCUUACCCAAAGCCAAGGCCUUUGUGGUUGAGUCGGGUCAUGAUGUUGAAGCAAAUCUGGAAAGUUGGCCUUACUUUGAAAACCAGUGGAAAGCUUACCUUAAAAAAAGGGGCAUCUUGGAUGGAAAGUCUCCACCAACGUUCCCAGAGAAGUAUGAUGUGGAGGAACGAGAUCAGUUCUAUAAAGACAUCAGUUAUAGCGGCUGGGGUGGCAGCAGUGGGCACGAUGCCCCUAUGAUUGCAUAUGAUGCCAUACUUGGAGCUGGAGAGAACUGGACAGAACUCACCCACAGGGCUUUCUUCCAUGGUGGUGAUAGUGAUUCAACUGCUGCCAUUGCAGGAGCCUGGUGGGGAGCCAUGUAUGGAUUCAAGGGAGUCAGCCCUGUCAACUAUAAAAUGUUGGAAUACAGGGAGAGACUGGAGAGGCUUGGAAGAGAUUUGUACCAACUCGUAUAGACCAAAGCUUAAUAACCUCGAGUUUGCUGCGUUCCUUAAGGAAUGUUGCCAGACAAAUUUCAAAGACAUCUGUUAUGAAGCCGCAAAGUGUUAGUCACAGCCUGUUCUCGAUAGUGUGGUGUGUUGUAGAGAACUAGAAUUUUGCCAGGCUAGAAUAAUCUGAUUGAGUUUCCUAUGUAUAACUAAACAAGAACAAACUUUUUUUUUUUUGGUAACAUACAUGUUCAUAUUGAUGAAGUGUGCUAAUUGUGUUUUAGACGAUUAACUCUCCACCCCUCAAUAAUGUAAAUCCAUACGUUUUUCAAUCUCUUCUUCUAAUGAGCAGAAUACAUAUAUGCAGCUUUAAAAUCGACAGUGGUCAAAGAA